CGGCGCUGAUUGGCGGGGGCGGCCUUGCCACGAGCUGGUGGCUUCGGGCGAGUCGCCGAGCGGCGGCGGCGGCUGUGAGGCGAAAGAUGUCGGGCCGGGAGGCCCUCGACGCCAAGAAGCUGGUCCGCUCUCCCAGCGGGCUCCGGAUGGUGCCCGAGAGCCGCUCGGCAGGGAGCCCCUUCGGGCUGGAGGAGCCGCCGUGGGUGCCCGAUAAGGAGUGUCCCAGAUGCAUGCAGUGCAAUGCAAAGUUUGACUUCAUAACCAGAAAGCACCACUGCAGGAGAUGCGGAAAGUGUUUUUGUGACAAAUGCUGCAGCAAGAAAGUGCCUCUUCCUCGUAUGUGCUUUGUUGAUCCCGUGCGCCAGUGCGCCGAAUGUGCUCUCAUUUCUCAAAAAGAAGCAGAGUUCUAUGACAAGCAGCUCAAAGUGCUUAUGAAUGGUGCUACAUUCUUUGUAACUCCAGGGACAUCAGAAAAGUCAGAGAUGAUGGUUUGUCGACUUUCCAACAACCAGAGAUACCUAUUUCUGGAUGGAGAGAGCCAUUAUGAAAUUGAAAUUGCACAGAUUUCCACAGUCCAGAUACUUACUGAGGGAUUUACUCCUGGAGAAAAAGACAUUCAUACUUACACCAGCCUCUUGGAAAAUGAACACAUUAUGGAAGGAGGCAAUACUCGCGCCACAGGUAUGCUCCUUCAGUACAAGGUACCAGGGUUGGAGGAACUGAGGCAGUUUAGAUUUACCGCUGGUGAAGACUUCAAUUCCAACAAAAAGCUAUCGGCUACUUGGCUAGCAGCCAUGCAUAAGGCAGCAAAACUUCUUUAUGAAUCUCGGGACCAAUAACAGCUUCUCCACCUUGAGGGAAAAGAUCAGCUCUAAGAAUAAGCUUCUUACUACUUGCUAGUUGAAACACGGUAAUAAGUAUUUGGUAAUAGGGAUCCCCCACCCACCCUUUCCUAUCCCAGACGUGGUUCAUCAUGUGAGCACUGGCCAAUUACAAUGUGAGUAUUUGACCUAUAAGUAUUCACUUUAGUGUGCAAUAUGUAAACAGAUUAUUAAUGCUUUAAAUAUAGCCUUGCAUCUAUGACUUUAUAUUUUGUUAAAUCUUGUCUGCACUUAAUAUGUAAAAUGAAGUGUGACCUGCACUACUGCUAAGUAUAUAGCACAACUUUUUUGUAGUACAAAUUAUGUAUACAGUGUAAUUCAUUUCUAAACAAGGAAACAAACUUUAUUUGAUGCUCCAGAGAAUAAUAGCUUUUCAGGUGUGUAGAUCUCAGGUUCUUUUUCUCCUCAUAUCCAAAUGAUCUAUGGAAAUUUGCCUUAGAUGUCAUUUUAUAGAAGCUACUCUUUCUUGUGGGGGAUUUGUAUCAUGAGAUAAAAACUUUCUUUUUUGUAAAAUACAAUUUACCAAAUACCACAAUUUGUCCUGUGUAAUCUUUUUGAAUGAAGCUUCUAGCAAGACUGAUUUUUGAAGUUUUAUAUCCAUGCUUUUUGUGGUAAUUCUAGCAUUGGCUAAUAAAGCCUGAUUAAACACUA